UUUCAACAUAGCUACAUAUAAUGCCAACUAAUGAGGGCGCUGCCUCGAGCGGUAUAUUUCAAUCUGGUCUGCUGUUCAGAGAAAAUGAGUUGCACAAGGAGUCAAAGAAAGAGGAGUUUAGAACAAACAGACCAUGUUGAAUAUUCCCAAGAGCUGCCAUCUUCAAAAAAGAAGAAUAUGGGGACAAAGAGAAGACGCUCAAGCUUCAUGAGGGGUCGCAAUCGAAGGUCACUACCCCCGGCAAAUCUUGAUAUCUCAGAGCUACACAAGAAAAUUCCUCCAGAUGAGGCUGAGGAGAAAAGACUCGCACUUCUGCAUCAAGUCUGUUUUGAGCUAGGAGUGCUUUCAAUGAGACACUGGACAAGCUAGAGAAAGACAACUGCCUGAAGGAAUCAUGCAGCACACUGAAAAGAGUCGAUGAGAAAAACAGAACUAAGGUUUUUACAAGCAUUCCAAAUCCAGUUAAUUUGAAGAUUGAGGGAUAUGCAACCAGGGUGAAAGGUCGGCUGGACCACCUUAUGGAGGAAAGCACAAAGUGGGAUAAUCUACUCACUUCAUCCACUGAGAUGGCAACACAAGCUGAAAGUUUAGUUAAAAUGGAAAAUCCAGAGGGACCAGGUAAGCUUCCAGAUUCACUGAGCAGGCAGGAUGUUAGAUACCUCACAGGCCUACCAAACUUGAACCAAAUCCUGUCAUCCAGCAUGACCUCCCUUCAGAAGCUUGAAAUGCAUGUGGAUACUAUUCUACAAUCUUGCAAAGGCUUGAAGGAACUUGAAGCUAGUACAGAUUCCUAUCUUACGCAUCAAAUAAAACUUAUAGCUAAGAAAUCAGAGACAGCCACAGAUUUUAGUCCAAAAUCUCUUAUUUGUGGAAAGUCAACUUGAAGAUGAUUAAAGACAAGAGAUGAUCAUAAGCAAGAAAUUCAUGUUAUGGAUCAGUUGGGUAUAAAGGUUUGUUACUGUUAAAUACAGUAGAUUGUGAAUGGGGAAGGGGAGUUCCUAAUCCUACUAUCCUAUAAUCUAGCUAUUCUUAUCCAUCCAUGACGGGAGAAGAAUAAUGUACCCCAUUAGUGUUUAGCAUGAUAAUAAUGAUGCUAUAAUUUCUUUGAAGAUACACUGUCUACUAACAAAUUCAGAAAAUCAUCAAAAAUGCAACAAAAAUCCUCAAUACCUUAUUUAAGCACUCAAAUAUAUUAUUAAUUUUCAACCAGAAAUAAAAGUUUCCACUAAUUUUACACACAUUUUACUACAGUAAUCCUUAAAUUGAUUACCAGUCAAUGUAAGGUUCAAUGCAAACGAAUACCUCAAAGGUAUUGUUUAACUGUCUGUUAGAUUUCCAUAAAAAAGUUGUCAUUAAGAUUUUUAAUUAUAUGUUAAUAACUUAAAAAUAUACAAAUUAUGCAAAUAAAAUAUGGAGUUGAUUUUUUCAGUUUGUUUAGCUCAUGACAGAGAGUACGUUUAGUAACAGGUUUUGUUUCUUGAAUAAUCAUGUAAACUAAGAGUGAGUUCUGUGUGUAGUUGACAUGCUAGCAAAGAAGUAAGACAUCAAGUAAUGAACGUUCCUGCUAAGCCCUGCCCCUGGGAUAUUGUUAGUACGGUCCACACAUGCGUUUGUGGGAAAACGUGUAUUUAAAUUGUGAUACACGUGUGUAUUCCUUGUCAGCUGUUAAGUUUGACGACACUUCGGAAAGGACCAUUCAGUGUGAAUUGGCAUUACCAUUUAGUUUGUAUCUCAAAAUCAAUGUCAAUGUCUACUAAAUGAUGUGAAAUCACUGAGAAUCUGCCCUUAUUUGUGACAUUUUUUUAAGCUUUCUUCGUUAAUUUUGGACCGAUUGUUUUUUUCCAUAUAUGUAACUUAUUCCUUAUUUAUUCAGCUAUUCAUUUUUAGUUUUAAUAUCAGUGACACAUCGUCGGAAUAUUUUUAAAGCAAGAUCACUUGUUAGCAUCGACCGCUUUAUUCAAAUCCUGUGAUCAUAUUUACUAAAAUUAUUCUCAUAUCAGAAAACAUGGGUCGAUUUUUACGGCCGUUUAUUUGCGUAUAUAUAGAAUAAUCAAGCUGUCAUUUAAGCAAAAAAAUCAACGUAUUUCGAUAAAUAGUCCCGUUGGAAUGUGCGCUUCUUUGGAGAUGCUGACUUAAUCUAACAGACAUCAACUAUAAUCGUAAAGAAUAGCCAGCACUUUGAGGCUCUUAGAGAAUUCAUACACAGGCAAAGUUGAAAGAAAACUGCAUUUUCUCACCUAGUAUUUAUAUAUAUAUUUUUAAAAAACAUCAUUUUUGCAUGAAACAAAAUAAUAGUUAUUUCUAAGUUGUAAUGUUAAACAUGUUAAAUUUUUUAUUUAAGCAAUUUAAAAAACAUUGUGUACAGUAGUUUUACAAAAUCAGCUGUGUGGUUUGACCGAUUCACUGGACCUGAACAUUAUAUCUACUUUAUAUCUGAUUAUAUUAACAUUGAAAAUUGCAUGAAGUUUGUUUUAAAUUCACAUUGAUGUGUGUUUGCAGUGAUACAAUAAAUUUGAAAGAAACAUUUUAUUUGUUUAAUUAUACUUAUCUAUUUUUAAUUAUUUGUAGAGAAGAAUAAAUGUGUGGUUGUCAACCUUAUAUGAUAAAUUUAGUUGAUAAUCACAAACAACCUUAAUAACAUGGAGGUACACAUCCAUAAUAACAUAGACAUACAUCCUAAUUUUUGUCAUUUUGUGGUUCUGUUUCGUUCCAAUUUUCUUCAUAUUUACUCUGUAAUGGUUUUUGUAUUGUGCAUUGAAUUAAUCAAGGACUAAUUAGUCCUAAUUGGAUAAGCUGUAUAUAGGCCGCCUUUUAAUUUUACUAUAUAAGGAAAAUUUAUCUAAGUACUAUACCUGAUUGUCCUACUGUCUGAGCUGUAUGUAGGCCUUCUUUUAAUUAGAUUACAGGGAGCAGAAUUGUUUAAAGUACUAUACAGUACCUCAUUGGUCUGCUGUGCUUAAUUAGAGGGAAGAACAUACUUCAAAUCACCUCUGCUGUAGACUGUAAGUCAUUUUUUUAAAGGGAAGAAAAGGAUUCAGAGAUCUUCUCCUAUAGGCCUAUUCUGUAGUUUAUUUUAUUGCUGGGAAGGACUACACUGCUUUUAAUUUUAUGUAAUAUUAAGACUAAUUUGUUGUGUGUGUGUUCUAACAUCUUGUAACAUUUGACAUACAAUGUCAAUUAAAAAAUAUAUUUUGGAAA